AUGGAGGAAGGUCACAGUUUGAAGGAAAAAGAGAUGACUGUGGUGGUUCAUAAGGAAAAAAGAAGAGGAUCUAAAGAGGGGCUAAGGUUAGUUGAAACAAAGAAUGCUUUUGAUCUAGUAUGGGACGAUGUAAUGACAAAUGAUGAGGUUGAGGAGGAUGGAAGGAUUGAUCAAGAAGAUAUUUUAAGAAGAAUUCAAAAUGCUGUAAAGGUCAGACUGAAUCCAACCUUUGAGAAGACAGUUAUGGAGAAAACUCAGGUGAAUAUGGAAACUGAGAGUAAUGGGAAUUCGCAAGGGAGUACUGCUGUUUUGGAAUCUCCUGGUGUGAAGCUGGUUAAGGCUGGUUCGGACAAAAUUCAACCACCAAAACCUCCUGAUCCUAAAAAUCAGGUUAUCAAGGAAACUGUUAGCAAGCCUAGAGCUAAUGUUACUCAUUGUGGAGUAGGAAGAAAUGUAAUUGGCCGAGGUGCGGCCAAGCCUUCUAUUGGUCGAACUUUGAAAAUGAUGGUUGAUAAUCAUAAUAUUUGUAUGGUUAUUUUGUUGGAAACACGGACUGGGAGUGUGAAUAGUAAGAAAAUUUUGAUAAAGAUCAAGUUUGAUUCUGCUAUUUUUGAGGAAGCCAUUGGGUUUUCUGGUGGUAUUUGGGUUUUGGUGAAAAGUUCCAAAGCCAAGGUGCACUUGUUAUCAAAAUCAAAACAGUUCAUUCACAUGAGUGUGACAAUUGAAGAUGCUCAAAGUUUUGUCUGCACUGCGGUCUAUGGUAGUCCCCGAGAAGAGGAGAGACAUGUCAUAUGGGAUGAAAUUCUUCAACUUAGCCAAAAUAUUGAGGAUCCUUGGUUGCUUGCUGGUGAUUUUAACGACAUUAAAAGUGUGGGGGAAAAGAAAGGUGGAUCUUCCCCUGAUAGAUCCAAGUGUGACAGGUUCUUGAAGUUUUUAAAUGAUUGUCAUGUGGAUGAUCUUCGUUGGUCUGGCCCUGUGUUUACCUGGCAAGGCCUGAAAUGGGACCAUUUGCAGAGGGUGUAUAAGAAGCUUGAUAGAGUAGUAGGUAACCUGCGUUGGAGGAUUUGUUUUGAGGAUGCUGAGGUUCGGGUGCUUCCUAGACUCCAUUCGGAUCAUAAUCCUCUUCUUGUGAAUAUUCUUGCUCGCAGUAGGCAUUGGCAGGACAAGCCUUUUAGAUUUCUUGCUUCCUGGUUGGAUCAUCCUACCUUUAAUGACCUGAUGGAACAUAGAUGGGAUCAAAAUGCAGAUUUCAAUUUCAUGCUUAAUGAUAUAGGUAGGAGGAAAGCUAACCUGACUAAAGAUAUUGUUGAUGUUCAACUAAAAAGGCCUUUUGCUGAUAAUUUGAACCUUCAAGAUUUGGAGAAUUUUCUGCAGGAGAACUUAGACGUUGUGCUAGAGGAGGAGGAAUUGUUGUGGUUUCAGAAGUCUAGACAGAAUUGGAUAGUUGAUGGUGAUAGGAACACCAGGUGGAUCUCUUCCCCUAACAAUUGGAUGCCCUUAUCUCAAGAGAUAAAGGAUGAUAUGAUUGCUCUCCCUAGUAUGGAAGAAGUUUCUAAGUUAUUGCAAAACAUGGGUGCCUUUAAAGCACCGGGUGUGGAUGACUAUCCUGCCAUAUUCUAUCAGAGGCAAUGGCAUACCUUGAAGGGUCAAGUUUUGAGGGUUAUUGUCCAGAGAUUAAAACCUAUUAUGAAAAAUCUCAUAUCCCCAGCUCAGGUGAGUUUUGUUCCUAAUAGGCAAAUUCAAGACAACAUUGUGAUUGUGCAAGAAUUAAUCCACUAUAUGCAUAAAAUGAGAGGUAGGAAGACCUUUAUGGCAGUGAAGAUUGAUCUGAUUAAGGCCUAUGAUAGGAUUUCUUGGAGUUUUAUUCGAAGGACCUUGGAGGAAAUUCAGAUUCCAAUGCAGCUCAUUAAUCUGAUUAUGCACUGUGUUCAAUCAUCUAAUUUCAAUGUCUUGUGGAAAGGGGGCAAGACUGAGAUAUUCUCUCCUUCAAGAGAUGAUUUAAUGUUGUUCAUGGAACCUAAGGAGGACCAAUUGGAUACUCUUUUGAAAUGUCUCAAUCUGUUUGAAGAAGUAUCAGGUCAGAAGUUAAGUGUUGAUAAAACUAGUGUUUAUUUUUCAAAAAACACCAAUGCUGAGAUUAUAAACACUAUUACUCAGAAAAGUGGAUUUAAACAUGUGAAAAAUAUGAGAAGAUACUUAGGCUCUAUGAUGCAACAUGGUCGGGCUUCUAAGGAUCUCUAUGCAGUGUGCAAUGAUAUUGAGAGAAUUCAGAAGAAUUUUGUUUGGGGAGACAAAGAGGGUAGGAGAACUCAUCAUUUGGUUAGUUGGCAGACUAUUCUGUUGCCGAAGGAGUAUAGAGGUCUUGGAUUUAAGAACUUAGCUCUAAUGAAUGAUGCUCUCAUUGCAAAGAGAGUUUAG